AUGUCCCAAGACGAUUUCUCCACCAGAUAUGAACUUUUCCCAUCGGCUGCUGGGAUUUCCAUUAUCGCAUCACCAGAACCCUCACACCCUUCACGCGCUACUGGGGUUUCUGUUAGCAUGUCACCAGAACCCUCACACCCUUCACGCGCUACUGGGGUUUCUGUUAGCAUGUCACCAGAACCCUCCCACCCUCCAGACCUCAGUCACGAAGAAACUUCCACCGUGGUCGAUAUCUUGCAGAGGUUUCAGGAUGAGAUCGACGAAGAAGAUGAAGAUAGGCAGGAGGUUGUCGAUGCCGUGCAGAAGGUUGUCCGCAAGUUGAAGGGGGUGAGGCAUAACCCAUCUUCGGACGCCGACAUACUCUCCCUCACAAACGCGAAUAUCAAGUUGCAUUCGUUGAAGCUCAUCAGUGCAAAGGAGGAAGAAGUCCGGAAACUCGGUGGCAAGUUGGGAGUAGCAUUGUCCCUGGAGGAAACUAGGCGAAUCAUUGCACAAAUUCGAAAAUAUGUAUCCUUUGAGACUGAAGCUGGCUGUCGUUUCCUGAUCAACGCAAUUUUAACACAUGUGGUUUCAAACCUCCGCACUUCCGCUCUUGGUGCCGCCAUAGUACCUGAGUUUCGCAUUCCUGAAACGUCAUUAGAGCCAGGCGCAUCAUCUUACGGUGGGGCGGUUGAUUACCUGAUGGCCUUCGGGGAGCAGUGGGCUAUAGAUCUUCUUGUUCGAUCAACGAAGCUUGCGUUUACAGAUAACGAUAUCUACAAAUCCCUGUCUUGCAAUAUCUAUGAAGCGAAGCCCGACAAUGUUCUCAAAGCCCUACCCCAAGCUGUGAUAGCGGCAGUCGCGCAAGCCCAACGAUUCGGGUUCCAGACUUUUCGAGGUUGUAUAACAACCGGCGAAGAGUGGCUUUUCUUUGUGUAUAACCAGAAUACUAGUGGUUCCGGUGGAGUCGUGUCUUGGCUGUCGCAAAUUCGUCUGGAAUCUGACCUACGAGGAUUGACUUUGGUCCUCGGGUUGCUCCGUGACUGGGCUUUCAUAUCCCCUGAUCUCAAACGGCAGAUCCAGAAUGGGCAAAUAAAAGAAAUGGAGUUCUGCACUUAUGACGCUUAA